AUGCUAGAUGAAAAAGAGCUAUCACAGAAGCUGAUGGUGGCUGAGAGACUGAAGCAGAAGAGUGGUGGAUUCAUGGGAUUUGGAAAGAAGGCAGACUACGUUGGAAGUGGAAUGAUAUACGAGGAAAUAGCAGAAUUGGUACAGGAAACAGAUGCAAAGGAGAAAUACUACAAUGAGGCAGCAGAGACAUUUGCACAGGAAGACAACGAAUACGGGCUAUGGAGAGCAAGUGAAUGCUAUCGACUGCUCUACGAGAUCUUCAUAAAGGAUGACAGAGACAAGGCAGCCGACUUCCAGAUGCUGGGAGUGGAUCUGCUACGACGAAUCAAGAAGUACAAUAUAGCAGGCCAAAGGUGUGUGAUACUGGGCGAAUUGUACGAAAUAGACCAGACUGAGAAGGCACUGGGCUUCUUCAAGAAAGCAGUGGAAUUCUACUCAGAAGUGCAGGGGUACAAGGCCAACCUGAAAAUAGUUAAGCUUAAAGUGCUUUUAUGCCAAAUAAUACUGAAAAAUGUCACUGAAAUCAUAGGAAUGCUACGAGAGAAUGAGAGGCUGAUUGAUAGGGGCCAAUUGUGUCUUCAAAUGAUGCUUAUUCUGAAUGGGGAGUACAAGGAGGCCAUAGACAACGAGUUGACCAGGAAGGACGAGAAGAUGCUUGUUGAUGGUGUUCUGAAUGGGACGGCUGAGGACGUGCCUGCUCUAAUCGACCAAUUCAGGUCAAACAACCACCUGGGCGUCCAUGCUGAGCUCAUGAUGGACCUAUUUGUUGAAAAAUAUGGGCUGGAACAGGAAAUAUGCUGA